AUGUAGCCCCCAGUCACGUUUCCCAUGCUUGCUUGAUUUAUCACGACCCUUUCACGUGGACCCCUUAGAGUUGUAAGCCUUUAAAAAGGCCAAGAAUUUCUUUUUUUGAGGAGCUCGGCUCUUAAGACGUGAGUCUGCCGAGGCUCCCAGCCAAAUAAAAAAACCUCUUCUUUCUUUAAUCCGGUGUCUGAGCAGUUUUGUCUGCGGCUCAUCCUGCGACACUUCUUUAAUUUCUUUUCAUUCCUGUUCUAGUAUCUCACUGUGAAAUUCCCCGUGUUUUUAUACGAUUCUCAGGGGGUUUCCUCUGAGCGUCAUUAGGCCUGACUUCUCACGGUCAGCUGUGGGUACCACCUUCACAUUGCAGAAUUGAGAAGUUGACCCAGAAAUGCAUUUCGGGCUGAGCAGACAAGUGUCAGAGGAGCUGGCUAGACCACAGACGUGUCAGAGGGACCAUGGCCUUUCCGUAGGCUCAUAGGUGGAGGUGGAGGUGGAGGGGGAGUUGUGAACGUUCUAAUGAAAAAAGUCAACAUGAAAGCUUCCUGGCGAUGGGCGCUGGGGCUCACUCACCACUUCCUGUGCAUCUCCCUGGCCCGCUGGGCUCAGUCCCCACCCCGCUGCUCAGCACUCGGCCUGCGGAAUCUGAGCAAUGCCUUCCACGCUCCGUGCCCUGCUCUGCGUCGGGCUGUGUCUGAGCCAGAGGAUCAGCGCCCCGAAGCAGACUCUCCCAAAACCGAUCAUCAGGGCCAAAUCCACUUACAUGGUUCCAAAGGAAAAGCAAGCGACCCUCUGUUGCCAGGGAAAUUAUGGAGCUGUUGAAUACCAGCUGCAUUUUGAAGGAAGUGUUUUUGCCGUGGAGAGACCAAAUCCCCCUGAACAGAUUAACGAAGUCAAAUUCCACAUCCCGGACAUGAACUCCCGCAAGGCAGGGCAAUACAGCUGCGUCUAUCGGGUUGGGGAGCUCUGGUCAGAGCCCAGCAACUUGCUGGAUCUGGUGGUAACAGAAAUGUAUGACACACCCACCCUCUCGGUUCAUCCUGGACCUGAAGUGACCUCAGGAGAGAAGGUGACCUUCUACUGCCGUCUAGACACUGCAACAAGCAUGUUCUUACUGCUCAAGGAGGGAAGAUCCAGAGACAUACAGCGCAGACACGGGAAGGUCCAGGCGGAGUUCCCCAUGGGCCCUGUGACCACAGCCCACGGAGGGACAUACCGAUGUUUUGGCUCCUAUAACAACUAUGCCUGGUCUUUCCCCAGUGAGCCAGUGACGCUCCUGGUCACAGGCGACACUGAGAACACCAGCCUUGCACCUACAGACCCCAUAUUUCCUGCAGACUCUUGGGACACCUGCCUUUUAACCACCGAGACGGGACUCCAGAAAGACCUUGCCCUGUGGGACUACACUGCCCAGAAUCUCCUUCGGAUGGGCCUGGCCUUCCUGGUGCUGGUGGCUCUAGUGUGGCUCCUGGUUGAAGAUUGGCUCAGCAGGAAGAGGACUAGAGAGCAAGCCAGCAGAGCUUCCACUUAGGAAGGCAGGAGAAGGUUGAACACAAAGACUCUUUGAAGAAUGACCAUGAGACGCAGCGGCCAUGGGUGGAACUGAAAGCUGGUGUUGAGCCUCGGCGGCAUGAGCUCUGCGUCAGACCCACUGAGGAGGGAGUCACUGCAGUGAAUAGGGGACACUGGCAUUCCAUUUGUCAGAGCAUCCCGGAUGACGCAGAGGGUGGGAGAACUACAUGCUAAAUUUCUUUCUGGUUUUUUUUUUUUUGAGACAGAGCUUUGUUCCUGUUGC